AUUAUAUUAUGCUUUGUUGACUGGAUUUUUCUGUCUGUGAGCAAUUAAGGAAAAAAAAACAUGUUAAGUGAAUGACUGUAUGAUAUAUUUAAUAUUGUUUGUUAUAUUGCAGACAUUUGGCUCAACAAGUGCAAAAUUAGAGACAGUAUGUUUAAACCUGCAAGAAAAAUUGUCCUUCUUGGAAAAACAGGAGAUGGGAAAAGCAGCAGUGGAAAUACAAUUCUGGGCAAACAAACAUUUACAACUGAAUCCUCACCUCAAUCAAUAACAUCUGAAAGUACGAAGGGAGUGGCGCAGGUUGAUGGAAGAACAGUUACAGUUAUAGAUACACCUGGAAUCUUUGACACACGUCUUGAUGAAAAUGUCAUCAAAUCUGAAAUCAUUAAAUCCACUAUUGAGUGUGCUCCAGCUGUUGAUGCCUUAGUCAUUGUUUUAAAAGUUGAAAGGUACACAAGACAAGAAACUGAAAUUUUGGAUAAAAUUGUUGAGUGUUGUGGAGAAGAAACCUUUAAACAUUCAGUGGUCUUAUUCACUCACGGCGAACAACUAGAAGAUCAAACUAUUGAGGAGUUUGUGCACAAGAGCCCAAAACUAAAGCAGCUUGUCAAUAAAUGUAGAGGUCGCUGUCACGUCAUUGACAACAAAUACUGGAAUGUCUGUGAUUCAGGAGAGGAAAAAAGCAACAGAGUUCAAGUGAAAAAUCUGCUGGACACAAUAGAUGAGAUGGUCAAUAAGAAUGGGUGCUACACCAAUGAGCUGAUGUUAGAGAUAGAAGAGGACAUUCAAGGCGAGAUGAACAGUUUGCUCGAAACUAAUUUGUCUAAUGAGGAGAAGCGAGAAAUAGCAAAGAGGAAAGUUCUUAAAAAAUAUCUAAUCAGGCUUGUGGCAGUGGCUACUGGGAUACUGAUUGGUGCUUUUCUGGGCAUCAUUGUCGCAGUGGGAUCUGUUGUGGCUUUACUGAAAGCAGCCAGGUUAAAAGAUAUAAUUAAAGCAAUUGAGAAAGCUGUAGCAGGUACAAUGGCAGAUAAAGCAGCAGCAGCAGCAGCAGCAGCAGGAACAGCAGCAGCAGCGGCAGCAACAGUGUCUGCAACAGUAGCAGGAGUAGCAGCAGCAGCUGGAACUACAGCAGCAGCGACUGCUGGAGCAGCCGGAGCU